AUGACCCAGAUUCCUCAGCCGACAAGUCAACCGGAAACCCACGAGCAUCCUCCUCAAGACCCCAACGCCGAUGUCUCGGCUGCGGUGGAGGAUCUACUAAACACCUUAUCAAGCAAAUUCGCCAGCGUGUCAUCCGAGAUAUUCGCCAAGAUGGAUGAGAUGUCUCGCAGAUUGGACAACUUGGAGGCGGCUUUGCAACAGAAUACAUCCAAGGAGGACUCCUCCAAACCUUAG